GCAAGUAUUUAUAGGAGACAAAGUGCCCGCUCUAACUAGUCUGGCGCAAGCUUCGUGAGUUUCGUCGUGUAAAUUUUAUUUGGACCCAGUUUGCAAGGAAUCACAGCCCGAAGACACUCUGACAGACACAAUGGGGAGAGCCAAAAAGAGGAACGGCUAUUCCACUCCGACGACACUCUCGGCUGAUAAUACCGAGCCAAAAACUAUUGUGUCGCCAGAGGAGAGAACAAAAGCCCUAGCCUCGUCCUUCGACGCUGAGGUGCGCCCACUGAUAGACCUGGUCGACAAACUACGUGGGUAUGGUCUGGACAGAGACAUCAACCUUCCUGCCGUCGCCGUCAUCGGGGACCAGAGUGCCGGGAAGAGCUCUGUUCUUGAAGCAAUCUCUGGCGUUCAACUUCCAAGAGGAACGGGUAUUGUGACAAGGUGCCCGUUGGAGAUGCGGAUGAAGCACUCAGAGGAUGAGGACAAGUGGGAGGGAAAGAUAAUGUAUAAGGACAAGCACGAUAUGCCCCACGAGGAAGUCAUCCUGAACAGAGAGAGUGUUGGAGACCUUGUGCGGAAAGCUCAAAAGGAAAUGACAGAUGGUGCCACGGGAAUUAGUGAUGAACUCAUUACGCUUGAAGUGAUGUCAUCAGAUGUCCCUGACCUGACCGUCAUAGACCUGCCAGGUAUCGCAAGAAACGCUGUCGAGGGUCAACCGUUUGAUAUCGAAGCGAGGAUUAAGAAUAUGAUCCGUCAAUAUAUUCAACGCCAGGAGACCAUCAUCCUUGCUGUUCUACAGUGUAAUGUGGAUAUUGCCACGUGUGAAGCGCUCAAAAUGGCAAAGGAAUUUGAUGACGAAGGUGGAAGAACUCUGGGGGUUCUAACUAAGCCGGACUUGCUGGACAAGGGAGCCGAGACCGGUGUUAUUAGGAUCCUGAACAACAUGGAGUUCACACUGUCCAAGGGCUACGUCAUUGUCAAGUGUCGAGGUCAGGAGGCUAUAUCGGAAGGCCAGUCUUUGAAACAUGCACUGGAUGUAGAAGAAGAUUUCUUCAGAAGUCACAGACAUUUCAGCGCAAUGCGACCUUCUCAGUGGGGCAUCCCCAACCUAUCCGAGCGGCUGUCACGUGAGCUGAAGAAACACAUCAAGAAAUUGUUACCGGAACUGAAGGAGGAUGUGCGCCGCAAACUCCUUGAGACUGAGAAGCAGUUGCAUGAUCUCGGAGAAGAUCCUCCACAAACAGCCUCAGAGAAGCGUCAGAUGGCUCUGCAGAUGGUCACCGAGUUUAUCAACAUAGUCACUGCCUUGACGACUGGACAACGCUGUGAUGACUCCAAGUUUCCACCAAUAAUUAACAAUCUCUAUAGCGAUGCUCGACGGUCUUUCACAGAGCUGAUCAAAACCGCAGAAGAGAUACAACCGGAUACCAAAAAUCACAAAUUGAGGACCGACCUUCAAAAGAGGAUGGAAGCUUCCCGAGGUCGGGAGUUUUGUAAUUUUCUGGGCAAAUUUGAGCUGGUGGAAAGUUGUGCUCAGGAAUACAUCUCCAAACUGGAAGAACCUGCACUUCAAUGCUUCAGUGACGUCCAUAGUAUGACGACAGAAAUCCUGAAGAUUGUAGCUGAAAAAUGUUUCGAGAAAUUUCCAGAUUUUGCACAGAGAGCUAAGGACGUUAUAAUGAAGACGCGGAAAGAGACCAACAGUGAGUGCAAAGACGAAAUACAGAGAUAUUUCAAAAUGGAGAAUCUGGUGUACUCGCAGGACAAAACCUAUGGCGUCGAAUUUCGAACAGAGGAGGAGAAGAAACGAAAGGAAGAAGAAGAGGAAAAAGAAACGGAAACAGAAGAACGCGGCAAAAUAUCACAUUCAGAUAGGUUCAGUUUCUGAAAAUGACGAAGAGGUGAACGGUGUUGACAAAGCAUUGAUGAGUCUUAACUCCUAUUACCUGGUUGCUACACGGCGUCUCUGUGACGUCAUCCCCAUGAUCAUACAGCUGCACGUGUUCCGGGAACAGGUCAAGGAAAUGCGGAUCCAGCUCAUGGAAAUUGCUUCGGAUGAAAGAACCAUGGAUAAUAUCCAGGAAGAUGCAGACAUGGCUUAUAAGAGGAUUGAAUGCAAGUCUCGUCACGAGAGACUGGUUCUAGCGGAAGAAGAGCUGGACAAAAUCUAGCGUUCAUCAAUGUCAUUCCUGGCACUUUCAUUGUUUCUGUCAUAUUUAUAUUGUCUUUGUAAUUUCUUUAAUUCAAAAACAUGCUUUGAUACAGUCGCAAUCGUACAGAAUCGUACAAUGCACUUUAUUCAAACAACAAUGACAAGAAACGACAUCUUGUUUUUUCAUUGUACAAUUGAAAAAUGUUCUGGUCAACAUAUAGCACACAGAUUCCAGUUGGGAUAUUUAUUGCUUUUCACGUUAAGGGAUAUAAUAAUUGUUGUUUAUGUGUUUGUUUAAUAACUUUCUUCAUUGGAUUAUGAAUUCCUAAAUAUCAGGGAUGUAUCAACCAAAUCCCGGUUCAUGUUCGUAUAGUACCAUGGAGCCUGAGAAUCACACAAACGCCAAAAGCUCUCAUAUUAUUUUCCUGAUUUAUCCGAAGUAUCUGGUGCUUGUUCAGUGACGAGUAAUCCUGGUUCAAUAUAUCACAUGUAACAACAGAACAGUCUGUAUAGCCAAAGCAGUUUGUAUCUCGUUUAAAUACGAAAUCUCUCAAAUAACGGAUGAAAAAUGGUAAAUUUGUAAUAUCUGCUCAAAUGAAAGAAUUGCUGUGUGCUGAUGUUAUUCGUCCGUUGUUAUUCCGUCCCCGUACGGUGCUACAUUUAUCACUGUCUGACUAGACAGCACAACACAGUAGCACUGCUACCUGCCAUAGAAUAAGUUUAAAAUGUUAGUCAUUUUUUGUUUAAGCAUAAACCAAAGCUAGAAUUUUCAAGAUUUAUAUUGUAAUGUUUGAAUAAAAGUUAGUAAACUACUUAUUUAUAGCAUCAUAUUUAUCAUUAGUGUGUGCACUUUUACUUUAUGCCCGUAUAAAAGUAACAAAUGUUUACAAGUGCCAAAAGGGUGGAGAUAAUACACUACAUUCGAUAAAUGGGUAAGGUUUAUCGUUUUCCAUUGCUUCAGUACACUGUGUGAAGGUUUUGACUGUAGUGUGUUCAUUUGUAUAUUACAAAUAUAUUUGAACCGAUGCAACCUGAAAAAUAUAGAACUAUUCUCAUACGAAUGGAUUAUUUCGCUGUCCAUUUAUUAUUUGGAAAUUGUGUGUGUGUGUGUGUGUGUGUGUGUGUGUGUGUGCGUGCAUUCAUGGAUGCGUGUGAUGUAUGUAUGCAUGCAUGCAUAGUAUGCUAUAAGCAACAAUAACAACAUCAGAUAAUUCAUAACAGGUAGCGCCUGUAUGAGGGAAGAGUAAGUAAUAACAAUUAGCACAAGUUACGAAGCCAAUAUACAUUUUUGGUCACCCGAAUGCUAAUUCAGUGAGCGGAUGUCGGUACCUCCUUGACCAGCGUCAGCUGAGCCGUCUUCAGCAGUGACGACGUGUGAACAUCCUCUUCUCGGAGACCUUUGGAACAACGAAGCUUCACGUGAUUGACUUCACUUAGACGAAUUCCAAGGGUUCGAAUCAGAUAAUGUGGUCACCAAAUCAGGCUUGAAAUGUGGUAUUUGUGUAGGUAAUAGCGGAUAAUGGGGUUGUGUAGUUGAAUGCGAAGUCUUGAUUUUGAUCUUGAUUAUACCUUGUUCUUUGAUCAUGCAACCGGAUCAAACCAUUUACCCACACAGAAACAAUCCCACUACUUACUGCACGGUUACACGGGCAUAUAGUACAAUAGCGAAUUAUUCAGCUAGUCGAGGGAUUUAACACUGGAGUUAGUUGUUUUGGGUUUUUUAAAUUUAAAUAAAACAAUUCACAAUGCA